GGCAGCUCCCCACUCCGCUGCCGCCGCCGCCGCCGCCGCCGCCGUCGCCCGAGGAGGAUCGGGGCCCGGCCGGGCCGGGCCGGGAUGGUCGGGGUCGGGAGGCCACCGCCGCCGCCGCCGGAGGGAGCGGGCCGCCCAGCGCCUCACUGAGCCGCCCCCGCCCCGCCCCGGCCCCGGGGGAUGCGCCGCCCCGCGCCGCUGCCUUCACCGCCGCCGCCGCAGCCGCAGCCGCAGCCGCAGCGGACACCGAGCAGGUAGAUGGCCCCCCAAGGGCAGGCCCUGCGGGCACCCCUCCCUCCGGCUGGCGGAUGCAGUGCCUAGCGGCUGCUCUUAAGGACGAAACCAACAUGAGUGGGGGAGGGGAGCAGGCCGACAUCCUGCCGGCCAACUACGUGGUCAAAGAUCGCUGGAAGGUGCUGAAGAAGAUCGGGGGCGGGGGCUUCGGUGAGAUCUACGAGGCCAUGGACCUGCUGACCAGGGAGAACGUGGCUCUCAAGGUGGAGUCAGCCCAACAGCCUAAGCAGGUCCUCAAGAUGGAGGUGGCUGUGCUCAAAAAGCUUCAAGGGAAGGACCACGUGUGCAGGUUCAUCGGCUGUGGCAGGAAUGAAAAGUUUAACUAUGUGGUGAUGCAGCUCCAGGGCCGGAACCUGGCCGACCUGCGCCGCAGCCAGCCGAGGGGCACUUUCACGCUGAGCACCACACUGCGGCUGGGCAAGCAGAUCCUGGAGUCCAUCGAAGCCAUUCACUCUGUGGGCUUCCUGCACCGUGACAUCAAGCCGUCGAACUUUGCCAUGGGCCGGCUGCCCUCCACCUACAGAAAGUGCUACAUGUUGGACUUUGGGCUGGCCCGGCAGUACACUAACACCACUGGGGACGUCCGGCCUCCUCGGAAUGUGGCCGGGUUCCGGGGGACUGUCCGCUACGCCUCCGUCAAUGCUCACAAGAACCGGGAGAUGGGCCGCCAUGAUGACCUGUGGUCUCUCUUCUAUAUGCUGGUGGAGUUUGCUGUGGGUCAGCUGCCCUGGAGGAAGAUCAAGGACAAGGAGCAGGUGGGGAUGAUCAAGGAGAAAUACGAGCACCGGAUGCUGCUGAAGCACAUGCCAUCCGAGUUUCAUCUCUUCCUGGACCAUAUCGCCAGCCUUGAUUACUUCACCAAGCCCGAUUACCAGUUGAUCAUGUCGGUGUUUGAGAACAGCAUGAAGGAGCGAGGCAUUGCGGAGAAUGAGGCCUUUGACUGGGAGAAGGCAGGCACUGAUGCUCUCCUGUCCACGAGCACCUCCACCCCGCCCCAGCAGAACACACGGCAGACAGCAGCCAUGUUUGGAGUGGUCAAUGUGACACCGGUGCCUGGGGAUCUGCUUCGUGAGAACACUGAGGAUGUACUGCAGGGAGAGCACCUGAGUGACCAGGAGAACGCACCCCCAAUCCUACCCGGGAGGCCUCCAGAGGGCUUGGGCCCUGGUCCCCACCUUGUCCCCCACCCUGGGGGUCCUGAGGCUGAAGUGUGGGAGGAGACUGAUGUCAACCGCAACAAACUGCGUAUCAACAUUGGCAAAACCCCCUGUGUGGAGGAAGACCAGAGUCGAGGAGUAGGGGUCCCCAGCUCCCCAGUGCGUGCCCCCCCAGACUCCCCAACAACCCCAGUGCGGUCUCUGCGCUACCGGAGGGUCAACAGCCCAGAGUCGGAGAGGCUGUCUGCAGCCGCUGAUGGUCGGGUCGAGCUGCAGGAGAGGCGGUCACGGAUGGAUCUGCCUGGCUCACCCUCACGCCAGGCCUGCUCCUCACAACCAGCUCAGAUGCUGUCAGUGGACACAGGCCAUGCUGACAGGCAGGCCAGCGGCCGCAUGGACGUGUCAGCCUCUGUGGAGCAGGAGGCCCUGAGCAACGCCUUCCGCUCAGUGCCGCUGGCUGAGGAGGAAGACUUUGACAGCAAGGAGUGGGUCAUUAUUGACAAGGAGACAGAGCUCAAGGACUUCCCUCCUGGGGCUGAGCCUAGCACCUCAGGCACCACCGAUGAAGAGCCCGAGGAGCUGAGACCUUUGCCUGAGGAGGGCGAGGAAAGGAGGCGUCUGGGGACAGAGCCCACUGUCAGGCCGCGUGGACGUGGUAUGCAGACGCUGGCAGAGGAGGGCCCACGGCAGAUGCUGCCCCAGCCUGCACCACCUCAGUUGAGCCAGGCUGAUGGCCGGUCAGAGACAUCACAGCCACCCACGCCUGGCAGCCCCUCCCACUCACCCCUGCAUUCGGGUCCCCGCCCUCGACGGAGAGAGUCGGAUCCCACAGGCCCUCAGAGACAGGUAUUCUCUGUGGCGCCCCCAUUUGAGGUGAAUGGCCUUCCACGAGCUGUGCCUCUGGGCUUGCCCUACCAGGACUUCAAGAGAGACCUCUCUGAUUAUCGAGAACGGGCCCGGCUGCUCAACAGAGUCCGGAGGGUGGGCUUCUCACACAUGCUGCUCACCGCCCCCCAGGUCCCAUUGGCUCCCUUUCAGCCUCAGGCCAAUGGGAAAGAGGGAGAAGAGGAAGAGGAGGAGGAAGAAGAAGAGGAGGAAGAAGAAGAGGAGGAAGAAGAUGAGGAGGAAGAAGAGGAAGAAGAGGAAGAUGAAGAUGAGGAGGAGGCAGGGGCCCUUGGGGAGGUGCUGGGGCCUCGAAGUGGCUCUGGCAGUGAGGGCAGUGAGCGGAGCACUGAGCGGAGCCAGGAGGGUGCUCCAUCCACACUGCUGGCUGAUGACCAGAAAGAGGCCAGGGGCCGGGCCUCCAUGGCUGAUGGGGACCUGGAGCCAGAGGAGGGCUCCAAAACACUGGUGCUCGUCUCCCCCGGUGACAUGAAGAAGUCACCAGUCACUGCCGAACUGGCCCCUGACCCUGAUCUGGGCACCUUGGCUGCACUCACCCCUCAGCAUGAGCGGCCUCAGCCCACUGGAAGCCAGCUGGAUGUAUCCGAGCCCGGCACCCUGUCCUCCAUCCUCAAGUCUGAACCCAAGCCCUCAGGACCUGGAGCAGGGAUUGGGGUUGGGCUGGUGGCUCCUGGGGCUGGGGUCACAGCAGUGACAUCACCCUUCACCAAAGUCGAAAGGACCUUUGUUCACAUUGCAGAGAAAUCCCACCUCAACGUCAUGUCUUCCGGAGGACAGGCCUCCAGGCCUGAGGAGUUGAGCACUGGGGGCGAGUUGGGCCUGGAGAUGCUCUCUGAGGGGGGCACGGCAGAGGAGGGGGCCCCAGCGCCUCUGGAGGAUGGCAUGGCUUUGGCAGGGCUGGAUGGGACUGAGAUGGAAAGCUGUGCCCUGUCUGGCCCUCCCGGGGAAACACCCUCAGAGGUAGUCACAGACUCGCUGCCCAAUGGCCUAGCCCUUGUUGAUGGGCCAGCUUCAGCGUCCCCACAAGAGCCAAUAACCAAGAAAGGGACCACGGUCUCCCCCAGCCGCCAGGCUCUGCCAGGGUCUCGGCCCAGGAGCCGGAUUCCUGUCUUGUUGUCUGAAGAGGAUACAGGCUCAGAGCCUUCGGGCUCACUGUCGGCCAAAGAGCGGUGGAGCAAGAGGGCUCGGCCACAGCAGGACCUGGCUCGGCUGGUGAUGGAGAAGAGGCAGGGCAGGCUGUUGCUGCGGCUGGCCUCGGGAGCCUCAUCCUCCUCCAGCGAGGAGCAGCGCCGUGCCUCUGAGACACUCUCAGGCACCGGCUCUGAGGAGGACACACCUGCCUCAGAGCCCACAACAGCCUUGCCUAGGAAGGCUGGGCGGGCAGCGACCACCCGGAGCCGGAUUCCCCGCCCCAUCAGUGUGUCCAUGCCUGCAGAAGGCCAGCAGCUUCCUGGCAGAUCCCAUGGUGCGGCCUCAGAGACCAACUCGGCCAUCACCAGCAGGCUCCAGCUGCAGAAGCCCUCAGGGUUGGCCCCUGCUGCUGACCUCCGUCCCAAACAGUCCGCGAGCCGGGGGCCCGGCCCAGGUCGCGCCCAAGUCUCCAAGCCCGCAGCACCCCGUAGUCCCGGCCUCCCCGCCUCCACCGCGCGCCACCCCAGCGGGUCCCCGCGGAGCCAGUCCCUGCCCCGCAAGGAGAGCUCCUCCCCUUCGCAUCAAGCCCGGCCUGGCGUCCCUCCAUCCCGGGGGGCCCUCCAAGUCAGAUCUCAGCCGGAGGCCUCCCCGGGGGCCCCCAAGAAAGGACCCAGGGGGAAACAACUGCAAACUCAGCGCGCAGCAACCAAAGGCCGGGCGGCGGUUUCAGAGGGUCGGCCCGGGACCAGAUAAUGACACCCGCCUGCGGCUCUCUGCGGCACUCCCUACCCUCCCCCCGGUCCCCACCCGCAGCCGGCCACACUGGAGCAGCUUCCAGCACAGCCUUACGCGCCGCGCGCCACCGCGGCCCCAGCUUCCCGCCUGCACCCACCAGGACGCACGUGAGCACAUGUUGUGCCCAGCAGCCCAGCCAGCCCACUGACCCAGGAGGGGGCGUCUGUCUGUCUCUGCGUCCUGCCUCCUUCCUGCCGCCCCUCUUGCAGGGUCAGGCUCACAACAGAUCCUCUGCCCCGGGAAGGCUCAGCCACUCAUCGCUCCGAAGACUCCGCUUCCGGAGCCGGUCCCCUUCACACGCCAGGUCUUGGCUGAUCUCUAGCUUCCAAGGAGCUUACACAUGCUUACACCUCCUGCGACCCACCGCGUCCCCUUAACCCCCACCUUCUUGUAGCCAGCCCCCAAACCUACCCAACAGGAGAAACAGCCUCAAACUCCCUAAGUGCGCAGGCUCUGGCCUGCCCAGUCUCCUAGGAGCCAUGGUGACCAUAGAAGGCCAAGCUGGGAUCGGAGAAGUGGGACCCAGGGGUCAUUGAUCUAUUUAGACUUAAGGGGACACCUCCGGCCUUGCUAAAAUCAGCUCUGUGAAAGGCACGGGCUGUGUGAUUCUUUGCUCCCUCCAGUCUUUGGGGAGCAGAUAUCCCUUCCCUGAAUAGGAAUGAAUGGGGUCGCUGGGAGUGAGCACCUGCCCUCCUAGGCAAGUGUUUCCCAGAGGGAAUCUGGAAUGGGGCUUUUAAAAGGUUACUCACUUCUCUGGUCCUCUGGUCUAGUACUCAGGACCCCUUACCAUCAGGAAGUCCUUCCUGCUGUCUAACCUCAAUCCUGCGUACUGCAGUUUCAGCCAGCUCUCCUCUCUCAAGUUCCACACCGGUGGAGAGUGGCUGGCUAUCACCUUCUGUGUGUUGGUCAUUUGGAUGGGGUUGGGGACUCUCUUCUGGCUCUUGUCCUUCUUCCUGACAUCUCUACUGUGGGAAUAGGCUGGCUCAGGCACCAUCCUCCUAAGUGGGCUGGGGUAGACCCGGCUCCUCCGGGAGGCAGAAGGGCCUUCUCACUUUAAAGUGUGUGUGUGAUGUAGCUCGUGCCCACCCCCACCCCCACCCAGGUCACCCUGAGCCCUUCUUGCUGAGCCAGCCCACACAGCUGAGCUGCUCUGUGCCUGACAUGGGGCCUCCUCCUGCAUUUUGGCUUCUGCAUAGUUCACCCAUCUCAUCAGGAGCGUCAGCUGCUAACAUCUGUAGCAAACUGCAUCCUGGCUGCAGGUGGGACAGGCCACCGUCCUGUCUGGGCCAGGGAUUCCCUGCGGGUCUCCUAGAAAGUACUCACAGCCUCCACCCCCUGUUCUGGCCCCUGUGUCCUUCCCUGAGCCACAGAGAGCAAACCAAGACAUUGUGGCGAAGGAAGGCCUCAGUAUGCCACCGACCUGGCCACAUCUACACCUGUGCUGACUGGCUGGGAGCAGCUCGUGCCAGCUGAACUCCUCACGUAGGGUCAGCAGGUCUGGGCAGCUUCCAUGCCAGAAGGCAGCUCUACAGACCAGCCAGGGGAGGACACCAGGGUGGAUAGUCUUUGAGACCCAUCCAUGCUGACGCAGAAGCUCCCAGAACACUCAGGAAACCUCUCUGAAUACAGUUACCUUUGUCACCCCAAGACCCUCUAACUGUCCCCUAGUCCAGUGAAGGGACAGAGGGUUCGCUCCCUCCCACCCAGAGCUUUUAUGAAUGACAAUCAGCUCAUGCCAGGUGGGGACCAGGGCAUGACCCCAGUGCCCAGGCCCUGGGCCAGCCCCUUGCCACCAACCGAACUGUGAAUGUAGGUCCCCCACUCCAUCUCAUUUCUGCCGUAGGACCAACACCACCCAGGUUUGGGGAUUGGAAGAAGGGAAGGCCUAGGAGAGCCCCGGGCUCACCCCACCCCCAACCACAGCCAAUGCUCCAGCUGGUACAGAUCAGAUGCAAAGGCCAGCCUAACCCUUGGGAUUCCAGACCUACAGAGGGCUCCAUCUGACCUCAGGCUUCAGUCAGUGAUGCCAUCGGGCUGGGAGGAAGGAGGGACAGAGGACCAGCAGAGGUGGGCGCUCAGGGGGCGAAGUGGUUCCUCUCCCCAGGAAGGAACCAGGGCGGAGGAAACCACAUCUCCUGAUGCCCCGCACCUGAGCCGCUGCCCUUUCCUUGAGGACCAUCCGUCCCCUGCACUAGGCCCUUCAGGUUCCUUUUCCUCCUCUCUGAGAGUGGCACAGUACCACCACCGUCUCUGUGACCCCCAUCCUGACUGCCUGUGUCGCUGGCUCAGAUGUGGGGUAUGCUCACCUUAAUGCGCCUUCCCUCCAUAGCUGUACCGUGUGCAGAGGGUGCAGGAGAAGGGCCCUGCCCCAGGCACAUGACUCUCUAGCUUCUCAGCUCCUCCCCAGGGGCCUGGCUUGCUCAGUCUUCUGAGCCCCCUGGGUAGGUGUUGGGGGACAGGGAGUUGUCCUCCCCCUCCCUAGGAAGCAACAGAAGAAUGUUUACACGCCAUACAGAAUGUAACAGCCCUUGCCCACCCCUCCCAGUCACUGCAUGGCCUCUGCCCGCCCUGUGCCUGCCCACACCCCUGACACCAACACCUUGCAAGUCGCUGUCACAACUAGAUCGGGUUUCAGAAGGGAAGUAGCCAUCACACCAUUAAAAAGCCUGUGGACCUUU